CUUCUUUUGGAUAUGUUAUACAUCGAUCUGUCUUACAUAAAUACGGAAGUUCUGUUUUAAAUAUAAGUUGGAAAUUUACUUUCGGUUUCUGAAGACCGUCAAAAACAGGAGUAACAUUAUGGCAGAGACGAAAUCUGACCAAGAUGAAGACCAGUCAGACCUGGAAGGAUAUAGCUUGUACAUAUCCAGCCUUUUGAGUGUGAUGGGUUACUCUAAGAUUGAAGUUAACAUUCGGCAAUCGAAAUGGGAAUUUUUGGAGCAAAAGGAAAACCUGUUUUUAAAAUAUAACAAGAAUGAGAAGGGGUGUGUUACUUCCGGAAGCUCAUCAGAGGGUAUGACAGGUGGUCCUUAUUACGGCGGACAACUGAGUGAUUAUGACUGUAUGAAAAUUUUAAGAAAUUUUCGGGUUGUGGACAACACUGGAGAAGUAAGUGAGUAUGAUGAUGUUGAUACAGUGCUUGUCAAGGAAAUUCCUGAUGAAAAGUUUCACGGAUAUGUUAAACUCGUGGUUGUUAAAGCUGACCCAGAAUUUCUUCAGAUACUUCCUGUCAUAAAUGGCCAACACUUCCUGCCAAAUACAGUUUUUACUGCAGCAACUGAUUUACAACAGGGACUUUCUAAAGUAAUAACAAGCGCAAACCCGCUAGCUAGACACCACCCUUCUAAAAGUUCAGGAACACAUGGGCCGGCUGUUUCCCUCAAGGUAUCAGAACCACAAUCGACACUAUCAACUCUAGGCAAAAUGACUGGUAAAGCAGAGGAAGAUCAGUUAGCCGGUUUCAGUCGUCCAUUCUCGCCUUGUGAUAUCGAUAUGGUUACAUGUAUUAAAAGCAACAAAUGGCCAGAACUAGCGAGAAACUGGAUUACAAGACCGCGCUCUGGAGGGUGGCCUUUGAAUAGUCACAUUCAGAAUAUCGUCCAUAGUUUGCCUACCUACUUGGCACCAGUAGGACAUAAAGGUAGCCCUGAUUUGAACUUGCAGUGGAGGUCAUCUUUCAAUGCAGUAGAAAAAUCUCUCAUUAAAGAUUUCAACAAAACGCAGAUUCAGUGUUACGCAUUGUUGAAAUUUUUCUUGAAGGAUUAUAUCAAGGAAGUUGAAGAAAAUGUUCUCUCAUCCUAUUGUAUGAAAACGACAAUGUUUUGGGUAUCCGAAUCUGUGGGAGCAGAGAGAAUGGAACCUGGAAAUUUGCUUUCCAUCUUUGUAAAUUGUUUACGGUUCAUUCGACAAUGCCUGCUUGAUGGCAAAAUGCCAAUCUAUUUCACUGGGACCGGAAGCGCAUUUCCUUCUGACAUGAGUACAAAAGAGAUUGCUAAGAUUAUUUUGGAAAUAGACAACGCAAUUCAAGAUCCUGUUACGCCACUGCAAAAGUGUAAGUCUUUCAAAUUUCCAGUGUCUGUAAGUGACGGCGACGCAAAUAAUUUCCCCAAAUUGACAGUUCACUCUGUCCUGUUUGCUUGGCUAGAAAUGCGAUGUGGCAUCAUCGAAAGCAUACAUUUUUGCGUUACACAGGAUCUGCUUUGGGCUUCAUACGUCGAUGGAGAAAUCGAGGAAAACAUUAACCGUUAUAGAAGUUUGGCGGAUGACGCACACAGCCUCAUCUUUUGCCAGCCGCUUGUUCAGAUUCUCCAGUCUUGUUUAGGAUUUCUGUGCCUUGCGAAGGUUUCGUCAAGUACCGGGAUGACAGAAGGCGAUGACUGUACGCGAAUACAGGAAGCUGAAGAAAUGUUACGUAAAAGCCAGGGUGGAGACGUCACCAUGUGUCCGUUAAGACUUGCAACAUUUUAUUUAAAUCAGAGCAAGCCAGAACAGGUGCUCGAUAUAUCUGAAGUUGUUAUUUCGAAGGCAGAACAAAUUAAAACCAGACGCUCUUUCAUGGAGUCACUUUACAAAAGAAUGUUUGAACAGUUCCAAAUAGUUGCAAAGAUAGACGAUAUACAAACUUUACAGACAUUUUAUGAUCUUAUUUGUGCGAAUUAUAUUUCAAAAGCACACGAGGAAGAGGUUUUAUAUUUAAGGAACAGUUGUAAAGAAGCACAGAGUUUCUUAGCUUGCCCUGUGGAGGCACAAAGAUCAUUGGCAUUUGAUGUUACAUUUAUGCUACCUGAAGCAUCGGCUUUGCCAAACGCUGUGAAGCUAGAAUUGCACUUCUCAAGACUUUUUGAAGUCAUGUGUGAAUGUCGUGGUAUGAAGAUGAGCCCGUUACUUUACGCAUAUUUCCUAAGAUUUCUUGCAUUUGAAAUGUUGGGAGAUUCUACUGGUUGUGAAGAAACAGUGCUGUUAUUUCAAGACGCUGUUAAAAAAGAACAAAGAUUUUAUCAGGCCAGAGGUUACAAUCUUUUAGCCAGAUGUUACGCUUUGCUAAACAGGACAAUAGAAGCUGCAAAAUGCCUUGUUUGUUCUCUUCAAGUAGAUCCGUCACGGAACAAUGUUGCAUUUGGCUACUUGAUGUUUGUUUACAACGUUUUGUUUUGUUGAGGCAUUAGUUUGGGAGCAGUUGAAUCUUACCGUGUACUUUUACAAUUUGAACUACUUGAACCAUAUGCCGCUCGUCUUCAUUUCCUUCAUAUUUCUUCGUGUUCUUAAACCUACUUGGAAGAAAGCAACGAUUGUUUUUGCGAUUAAAGCAGCCUUAAUUAUUAUAAUAGCUUUGACUGCUUUUUAGCUGUGAAUUCAUCCGGUCUUGUAAUACAGCAUGUUCUGUUGUGGAAUUCAAAAAAGUAUAAAUGACGGCCGUAAGAAAUCUCCCCAUUCUUGGACUCGGUGAUGUUAUAAACUUAACGUUCCUUCGUAUUGUUUUGCAAUAUCUUUCAUAUUAUAAAUACAGAAUUUAUGUAUUGAUGAACGUUCUCAUAUAUUUGAAACAAAUAAAUUGAAAAAUGUUAUGAAAUCUUUUCAAUUUAAAACAUCAAACAAAUUUUAAACAGUAAAAUAAUACAUAUGUAUUGAGAUGUCUAUAAUUAACAAACGAACGUAUUUCGUUAUUAUACAGAAAAUCAUGAUAAAAGCAAAAUGACUUUAUUCUGCCAUAUUUAAGAGGCUCUAUAUUUGAUCAUAUAGGAGAAAUAAUUUCAUAUCUACCUCUCAAUAUCCUUAUUAAUGAUAUUUGGACGUUUAUUAAUAAGCAAAAUAUUCAGGUGUUUUUCUAUGACUUUUUAAAAACUGGUAACGACAAUGAUAUCAUUUCAUAAUUCUAUUUUGUUGAAAUUUCUUAAUUUUGUCUAAACGUAUGUAUCAUUUCAUACAUGUGCUACCUGUAUAGUGUGAAAGAUAUUGCCAAAUAUACCAAGGGGGCGUUAGAAGUUUCGAUCAAUAUAUUCAUUGUACAAUGUAUAUGUAUAUCAGAAUUCUACUUAAGCCGUGUGUGUGUGUGUGUGUGUGUGUGUGCGUGUGCGUGUGCGUGUGUGUGUGUGUGUAGGGGGGUGGGGGUGGGGGGUCGGGAGUGGGGGUUGUAAACAGCUCAUCAAUAAGAUAUAUUUCAAAAGUCGUUUGAAACAUUGAACACAACCAAACUGUAUAAUAGUAAAGUAUGACUUUUGUUGCUAUGUCUAUGACUAUGCUUCCAUACAAACGAUUUUCUCAUAGCUUUAGAUUCUUCUUUUCAAUCACAUUAUAGAAUUUUGCUGGAAACAUCCUCUGUUAAAAGGGAGUCCUUUGGGAACAUGGAGAACAUUCAAUUCUAUUAUAUUAGAAUUCCGCUUAAGGCGGUGCUAGUGGGCGCGUGAAGUGGUGUAUAUUUCAUUACCUCUAAUAAACAGACUUAAACUGAGUCUGCUAAUACGCUACUUGAUUGUGAGCUAUGUUUCCAAAGGACCUUUUCACAAAUUCACAAUUGUAUCAAUUAUAGCACUGCGCCAACUUGGGGUCUGAAUAUUGGGUUCCCCGAUACAUAUUGCGAUCAGCUUUCGCUGCAAGGCAUAAUUUUAUUUGUAACUGUAAAGUUUUCAAAAGAUUGCCCAGCCCCACUUUUAGGAUAGGAGCAUGACUCCUAAGAUAUCCCGGUAACACAUAUGUCACAUAAUACUUCAUCUCCAUAACUACUGAAUGUACUUCAAUUAAUUUUGGCUGAAUUUGUCUGCCUACAAUUAAAAUUGAAGCUGAUUAUAGUUUAGAGAAAAAUAUAUUUCACAUUCGCCCAAGAUCUGAUAGCAUCUUAUGGCGAACCAUGUAAGAAUUUUGCAUUUCAAGAUUUAAAACAUUUGUGUUAUGUUUAUAGUUACCUGUCUGUUUCAUUCAUAUGGACUUUACAGGUACCCCGUAACGGAAUAUUUAUGAAAAAUAUAUGUUUGAUAAAAUAUCAUUUAACGAAUGUAACUCGAUGGAAGUUUAGACUAUUUUUGAAUAAUGCUAUGAAUAUGGCAAAACACUACCACCUAGUGUGUGGCUGUUUUAGUAGUUUAAUAUAAUAAUUAUAUUUUCUCCAGUGUGAUACAAUAUUUUGUUUUAAAUCCCAGUUCAUUGAACUAUGACAUUUUAGAAUGAAGAAAAUCAGCAUCAAAAUGAAAUUUUGUCCGAACAACUGUGUGGAAUAGAUGGACGUGAUUAACAAGAGGCAAUAAACUUCUUCAUGUCAAAACUUUUUUCGGGCUUCCUAUCCUUGCACCUGGAAAUAAACAUGACGAUUUCAAAUAAUUUGUAUGUAACACUAUUGCAAGUUUAACAUUUACUUACAUAUUUAUCUACUGUUUAUUGAAACUUUGUAAAAAUAUAUUUCACUGUUUUAAAUAAAAGCAUAAAUGCAUUUAUUAAUUA